UCGAGGUUCGCUCACGUUGCAGCAGGUGUCAGUACUUGGCUUCUUUUUGUUGACAAGUAACACUCCUUGCGUGGCUAGACCACAGCGCGUGUACGCAUUCAUCAGCUGAUGGGCACGUGUCGCUUCCACCGUUUCCUUUUCCUUCCGCUGCUGAGCAGUGUUCCAGCAUCUGGAAGAAGCCCAGUGUGAGGACGUGUGGUAGUUUGCGGCUCUGAGCUGUCACCAGGAAAGCGGCCGCACACAUCUGUGUACAAGUUUCCAUGUGAAGAUGAGUUUCUGUUUCUCUCAGGCAGGUGUCCAGGAGUGCAAGUGCUGGGAAGUCCACCUUCUGUUUUAAAAGCAACUGCCCCACUGCUUCCCGGGGCGGCAGGACCGUUUCAUGGUGCCACCAGCAACGUCACGCGACCCAGCUUCUCCCAUCCUCGCCAGCAUGUGGUGUUAGCGGCAUUUCUCGCGAGAAGUGCAGCCUGUCUCCUGUGCUUUACUCUGCACAUCCUGAUGCCUCGUGAUGCUACCUUUUCACGUGCUUCUCUGCCGUCUGUGUACCUUCUUCCAGGAACUGUGUCUUCAUAGACCCUGCCCACUUCCUAAUCAGGUUGCUCCUUAAUGUUGAGUUGUGAGAGUUCUUUGUAUAGUCUACAUACAAUGCCCUUGGGGGGGGUGUGGUUUGCAACUGUUUUCACCCUCUCAAAGGGUCUUUCGCAAAGCCGAAGUUUUCCUUUUGAUGAGGUCAAGUUUAUCAAGUUUUACUUCUACGGAUCCUGUGUGUACUUGGUAUUAAGUCUAACAACUCUGCGUGACAUUCCAUUUUUUCCCCUUUCCCCUUAAAGUUUUAUAGCUCUACUUUUUACAUGUAAGUCCAUGAUCCAUUUUCACUUAAUCUUUAUAUAAGGUGCGAGACUCACGUUGAAGGAUUCAUUUCAUUUUUUUGCCUAUGGUGUCCAGUUGUUCCAGCCAUGUUGGUUGAAAAGGUCUCCCCCCUCCACUGACCUGCUUUUGCAUCUCUGUUAGCAAACAACUGGGCACAUCUGGUGGGUGUGUUGCUGGGCUCUCUACAAAGCAUGCGUUUUAACCGGACACUUGCACACUCUUUCCCGAGCCCUCUUAGCUCGGUGGGGGUCAGCCCCGUGUUCCUUUGUGGAUCCUCCAAGGUGCCUCACACAAGAGAACUCUGAGAAUGCCCCCAGACUGGCAAGGCUGCAGGCCUCCACAGGAAAGGGGAUGUGUGGGUUCCCCGGGCCCACAACAGCCAUGGCAGCCGCAGGAGGUUCCCACGGAGGUGCAAACACUCCAUUCCCCAUCCAGACCAGGCCUGAGCAAACCAGAAUCUCUGUUUCAGGUUUUGGGCCCUUCCGGCAGCACCUGGUGAAUUCCAGCUGGGAAGCAGUGAAGGAGCUGUCCAAGCUGGGCCUGGGCAGUGACGUGGAGGUGGACCUGCGGACCCUUCAGCUGCCCGUGGAUUACAGGGAGGUGAAGCAGGCGGUCAUCCGAAUCUGGGAAGAUCUCCAACCACAACUUACCGUGCACGUGGGCCUGGACGCUGCCGCCAAAACCAUCGUCCUGGAACAGUGCGGCAAGAAGCGCGGCUACCGCGACGCGGACAUCCGGGGCUUCCGGCCCGAGCACGGGGCGUGCCUGCCCGAUGGCCCGGAAGUGAUUGCGUCGUGCGUCAACAUGGCGGCGGUCAGCCGGCGCGUGGCUGUGGAGGGCGUGGCGGUGGCCUUUUCCCGGGAUGCCGGCAGAUACGUCUGCGAUUACACCUACUACCUGUCUUUGCAUCAUGGAAAUGGGUGCGCGGCGCUGAUCCACGUCCCUCCAUUGUCUCCAUGGCUCCCGGCCAGUCUGCUAGGAAAAGCCUUGCAAGUCAUCAUCCAGGAGAUGCUGGAGGAAGGGCACAUUUCCCCUGGGACCCCCAUUAGCAACAUUGCUUGUUUGGAAGAAGGCGUUGAAGGUGCCUUAAGCUGUAACAAAUUUCUCGUUAGAGCUGUUACGGAGAGCCAGUGAGAGAAUGCGUGUGACAGUCCGGAGGUGCUGAGAGAACACUAAUCAAAAUAUGCACCUUCCUAAGUGUGGGCUGUGAAAGGAACAAAAUUUCGCCACCCUCAUGCUCCUUUGAGCCUCCUCCCCCUGCCCCAUUUCCUGCCUAAGAAAGUCAGAGAAACCUGCUUUUUAAAAGGGGAGCCUGGGUUUGAUCACCUUAAGCAUUUUCCCCGUAGUAUGAGUCAAGAGGACCCCGAGGGUGUUAGCUAGACGCCCCUGUCCGUUGUUUCUGCGUUGCCCAGUAAGACUUCUCCUGCCGUGUAUGUGCCACUCUUCCUCAGCAACCUAUAAAUCACCCAUUCUUGGUUUUGAAACCGAAUACCCCGCCCCCCUUUUCGCCUUUGUCCCAAAAUGCCUAAUAUACACAAUG